GAUUCUGUUUUUCUUUUCAUAUCCAAAACAAACAUUUACAAAACCAAAAUAAAUAAAUAAAAGCUUUCGUAUGGAAAUGUUCUUAUUCGGCUUCUAACUUAUACAACAAACAGAACCUCUGCUUCUUCUUCUUCUUCUCCUUCUCCUUCUCCUUCUCUCUUUUUGUAUCUUUUAUACAGUGAACAAAAAGAGAAGUGAUCUCGUACCUUUUCUCUUUAAUACAAUGAAGAAAAGGAGGAGAGAUCAUGUUACCAGUCACAGUAUCACCGCUGUUCUUCGUCGUUUUUUCCUCAUUAUGCGGCGGCGUCACCAUUUGUUUCAUCUCCUCACCGUCUUUUUAUGUUGUCUACUCUUCCUUUUUCUUGCUUUCUCUCUUUUAUCUUUUCCUCCUCCUAUUAAUGACCACCUCUCUUCAAUGUCUCGAAAUGAAGUGACUGUAAACUCGACUUCGCCGGCGUUUCGUGUUCCGGAAAGUGGAGAGAGCUCGGGGCCGGGGCGUGAAUUAUGGAGCUCAAGAUUAUCCAAUUUUUACUAUGGUUGCAGUAACGCCAGUGACAGCUUUGCAACCGCUGAUGUGAAAACGCAUCACAGUCGAUUCUUGUUGAUUGCUACAAGCGGAGGCUUAAAUCAACAGAGAACAGGGAUAACAGAUGCUGUUGUUGCAGCUUAUAUUUUAAAUGCAACUCUAGUUGUUCCAAAACUGGAUCAUAAAUCAUUCUGGAAGGAUUCUAGUGAUUUUUCCGAAAUCUUUGAUGUUGACUGGUUCAUUUCGUUCCUCUCAAAGGAUGUAAAAAUCACCAAAAAUCUCCCAAUGAAGGGAGGGAAAGCUGUGAUUCCUUAUUCCAUGCGUGUCCCAAGGAAGUGCUCUCCAAAAUGCUAUCAAAGUCGUGUUUUACCUGUUUUUAGUAAGAAGCAUGUUGUUCAGCUUGGGAAAUUUGAUUACAGGCUCUCAAAUAGGCUGGACAUGGAUUUACAGAAGCUGAGAUGCAGAGUCAACUACCAUGCUUUAAAAUUUACCAAUUCAAUUCUUGAAAUGGGUAAAAGGUUGGUUGAAAGAAUGAGAAUGAAAAGCAAGCACUUCAUUGCAUUGCACUUGAGGUUUGAAGCUGAUAUGCUUGCUUUCUCUGGAUGUUAUUAUGGUGGUGGAGAAAAAGAAAGGAUCGAGCUUAGUGAAAUUCGGAAGAGGUGGAGAAGUUUGCAUCAAAAGAACCCCGAUAAAGAGCGAAAACAAGGAAGAUGUCCACUAACCCCGGAGGAAGUUGGUCUUAUGCUGCGAGGAUUGGGUUUUGGAAGCGAUAUUCAUAUAUAUGUGGCAUCAGGUGAAGUAUAUGGAGGUGAAGAGACAUUAGCACCACUGAAGGCUCUGUUUCCCAACUUACACUCAAAAGAGACUUUAGCCAGCAAGAAAGAACUGGCACCUUUUUCUGCAUUUUCUUCUCGCAUGGCUGCACUAGACUUCAUUGUUUGUGAUGAAAGUGAUGUUUUUGUUUCCAACAACAAUGGCAACAUGGCCAGAAUUUUAGCUGGACGGAGGAGAUAUUUUGGGCACAAACCAACAAUUAGACCAAAUGCUAAAAAACUUUAUAAGUUGUUCUUGAACCGACAUAACAUGACAUGGGAAGAAUUUGCCUCAAGGGUUCACACUUAUCAAAUUGGAUUCAUGGGGGAGCCAAAUGAGGUGAAACCUGGGCGCGGUGCGUUUCACGAAAACCCAUCAUCCUGCAUAUGCGAGAACUCCCAAGCAAGGGCUGAGGGAGCCUCAUAUCCUCAGAGUCAAAUGCAUGAGAGACAAGGUGAGACUAGUAAGAGGAAUGAGACUGGUGAUGUAACUGAUGAGCACUACUUAACAGAGGAUGAACAUGACCAGGAUUGGUUUGAUUCGGAGUAUGAAGAAAACGGAAUUGCUGCUGAAGGGAAAGGAGAUUUGUAUAAACCUGCAUUAACUAAAACCGAUCAACCAGAAUUAGAGUUAUUGUUCUCCGACUGAGUAAAGAGACUGCGUUUUUUAUAUUGACAAGAGUUAAUAUUCUUAGCCUAACCAAUUUUCAUCAGAUUCUUUAGUUCUUCAAUUUGGUCCUUCCAUAUUUUCUUCGACAGUCAGCAUUUUAUCUUCUGUAACAGGCGGCGAAAUUAAAAGAAGCACUUUGUAUAUAGAUGACUUGGUAAAUAAGCAGUUUCAAUUUCCACAAUUUGUAAAUAUAUUAUGAUUAGCUGCUGCGUUGAGUUAAGAGUUUCUG